AUGAGGUCGAUAAGACGCAUUCUGCAGAAGUUCCGGUGGACCAACUCCAAUCCCACCCCGAGCCCGGAUCUGUUCUACCCUACCACAUGUCGAUGGCUCUGGAACGAGCCUAGAAAGCUCGAGGAGCACACCCAGAAAUUUGACCUGAAGGCCCUAGAACAUGUCAUCGCCAAGACAGCUGGAUCAGGCGCCGCCUCUGCUGCUCUACGAUUUGAGAAUAUUGCAGAAGGAGGUUCCAACAAAGCUUUCCUCGCUAUUCUCGGUGAUCAGCGACUAAUAGUCAAGAUUCCUGACCCGGUAGUCCCGCCACGUCUGGUCACAGCAAGUGAAGUGGCUACGCUUCAUUUCCUACGGUCCGAGUUGGAACUACCAGUACCGAAGGUGUUUUCGUGGAGCGACACCAGUGACAAUCCAGUUGGUUGCGAAUACAUCAUUCUGGAAGAGGCUCAGGGUCAGGCUCUGAAUACUGUAUGGUCUGACCUUCCAAUCCCGGAGAAACUCAUGGUGGUGGAUGAAAUCCUAUCCAUCCACAAGCGACUCGCCGCCACCAGUCAUAUGUUCAAUGGGUACGGCAGUCUGUACUUCGAUGGUGAUGCCUCAAGGUUCGGCUUUUCGCGGCAUUUUCCAGUGCGCUCGACGCGAACCCAAACAUACUGCAUCGGCCCCUUAGCGGAUGAACAUUUCAUUGGGUCUGCGUCUACAUCUUCGGGAGUGGAUUGUGGGCCUUAUCUUCACAACGGCAAUUUGUUCGUGUCACCGAAGGGUAAGAUUACGAGCAUCGUUGACUGGCAGGGUACAAAUGUAUUACCGUCGUUUCUAACGGCGCGAGUCCCCCAGUUUAUCGCUGUGCAACACGAUGCACUUUUACUGGAGCUCCCAGAGAAUUUCUCAGAGCUACGUAAAGCGAGAAGGCUUGAGGUCUGGGAGAGACACCGUCAGUCUAUGCUCCAACAGUACUAUCGAGCUGGACUGAAGGAGACUAUCCCCGACCUUGCUACUUUGCUGGAGGAUAAACAGCUAGCCCCAAUUCGAAAACAGGUUGAACUGUUUGCCCGAGCCCCUCCCGGGCAAGAUGUCGACGCCCUUUUCCUGAAAGAGACGUUACUCCGGAUCCAGCGCAAUUGGUCUAGCUUUUUUCGCGACCAAAGAAUGGUUGCACAAUGCCCCAUCAAAAUCGAGGGCGAUGUCUUGAUCAAUCACCAGAGGGAUGGCCGUCGUUACAACGACUUCCAAGAUCUCCUCAAGACUCACAAUAUACCGGUCGCCAACGAGGGUUGGGUUCCGAGGGAUGAGUUUAAAGAACGGAAAAGACACCUCCGAGCUGUGGUUAGAGAAGCUAUCGAGACUUUGGAGAGUCAACAAGAGCGUCAGGAGUUUAAGAACAGACUUCAGCAAUGGAACCUGACUGACUGGGAUACAUACUUGCUUGAUCGACGGCGUUGGUGGCCGGUACUUGCGGAUUAG